AUGGCAUCCAAGUGCCCCAAGUGCGACAAGACCGUGUACUUCGCCGAGAAGGUGUCUUCCCUGGGCAAGGACUGGCACAAGUUCUGCCUGAAGUGUGAGCGCUGCAACAAGACCCUGACGCCAGGUGGACACGCCGAGCACGAUGGGAAGCCCUUCUGCCACAAGCCCUGCUACGCCACACUCUUCGGCCCCAAAGGGGUGAACAUCGGCGGGGCCGGCUCCUACAUCUACGACCAGCCGCAGAUCGAGGGGCAGACGGCUCCAGGACCCAUCGAGCACCCGAUGAAGGUGGAGGAGAGGAAGGUGAAUGCUGCACCUCCCAAGGGACCCAGCAAAGCCUCCAGUGUCACCACUUUCACCGGGGAGCCCAACAUGUGCCCACGAUGUGGCAAGAGAGUCUACUUUGCUGAGAAGGUGACCUCUCUGGGGAAGGACUGGCACCGUCCCUGCCUACGCUGUGAGCGCUGCAGCAAGACGCUGACCCCAGGAGGCCAUGCCGAGCACGAUGGACAGCCGUACUGCCACAAGCCCUGCUACGGGAUCCUCUUCGGGCCAAAGGGUGUUAACACCGGAGCUGUGGGGAGCUACAUCUAUGACAAAGACCCUGAGGCGAAGAACCAGCCCUAGGCAGCAUCCCCAGCUGCCCACACGCUCUGUGCCCCCCUGUACUAACCUCCUGCUCCCACUUGAGCAAACCUCACCAGGCUGGCAACGGAGCUGUGCCCUCUCUGCUGUCUCUACUCCUUUGGGCAGGACAGCCCUGCCCCUGGGUUGUUAUUAUUAUCAUAGUCUCUAAUAUAAGCUUCAGUGUUUUAAGGCAAAGGUAGAACGGAUUUCCGGUGGUUCCCAAUGUGCUCUGCCCUCCCCAGCCCUCCCACCAGCCCCCCGAGGGUGGGAGGCAGCAGGGCAGGUGUGAGCAUGUCCCUGGUGCUGGUGGCACCCAAAGGGCUGAGCAUGGGGGAAGG